AUGGGAGAAGAAAAGGUCCAUCCUCAUCCCGAUUCCAUUAGCCGUAAUGAAGAAGAUAGCGAGAUAGGAUCUUACCUACUGAUUUCCUUUUUGAUUGGUAUAUUGGUAGUACCGAUUGUUAAUUAUGGACGAAAAGAAGAAUCUGAUAUUGGCGCUGUCGAUAUUGUUAUCGGUAUUAACAUAACGGUCAGAUUGGUGGGUGCAAUGGCACUUGUUUUUGCUUUUGUUUCGAUUUAUCAUCGUGAAAUGGAAUGGAUAAGUGGAAAAUGUUCCUCUCUUGUUAUCAAAACGAAACUGGGAUUUUUAUUAGUUUUUGGAUUAGCAAAAAUUAUUUUCAUUGUAAUCUAUGUCACAUUUUAUCUUAAAUGCAGAGAAAUGAUUUCAUCGGAAUUGACAAAUGUGAUAGCUGCUGAAGGCUUUACAAACAUAUUUUUUAUUAUUUUACAAUUGAUUUUUUUCAUGUAUGUUGGCCAAUAUUCGUUCAUCAGCAGACCGACAGUUAGAUAUGUUUCUUCACUUAUUGCAAUGGGGAACUUCACAGAUUUGUUGGUUUUUAUGACACUCAGUGUUAAUGGAAACAAGGACCUUAUAUUUGACAAAAACAAUACAGCUACCGUCAACUGCACCGGGUACAGUCCAAAUGUUGUAGAAAAUCUUAUAUCAGUAUCUAAUGAGUUCAGAGCUCCGAUUGGAGUGCAGUUUUCAAUUUUGGCAAUAACUCUUGCGUUCAGCAUGAAACCAGACACCGAAAAUCUUUUCAACAACUCAGACAAACUUUGCCUACAGUUCUCUUGGAAAACUCCAAAGUGUUUAGUGAAAAUUAUUAUAGUGGCGGUUAUAAUAAAUGUUCCUCUUUUGGUUUGUGCUCCUUUCAAGUUAGUGUUUCCAGAUAGCAAAACACAAUCCCUAAUAUGGCUAAGCUUAGUUUAUACGCAAAAGACAGCAAUUUUUGCAUGUUUAUUAGGAAUUAAUUACAAAAUAUUUAAGAAACUAAAACUGCGUAUAAAAAAUGUGGCACUGAAUGCAAACGAAACUGUGCUUCUAGUCAGUACCGUGGGUGUGGUCUCCUAUUUGGCAAUACAAAUGUUUUAUCAAGAGGAAAUCAACGGACUUUUAACUUCGAUUGCAAGCAUUAGUCUACUUUCCAUUCUUUACCAAGUAACCAUAAUUUUAUUCGGCAGGAGAAUGAUUCUCAUUGGAAAUGAAAUAUCCGACAUCCAUGUAAUACAACAACUGGUAGUGAUCCUGGUCUGCAGCAAUAUCUCUGUAUGGUUUAAUGAUUUUCUGUAUGGAUUAUGGGACAUGGCCAACGACAAUGUGCUAAGAGAUAGUCUUUUUAAGUACAUUGCUAUGAUACUUUAUCCUUUAAUUGCCUAUUACAGAUUUCAGUCGGCAAUGGAGCUCAUGGAGUUGUACCGUCAUAUUUCUUGA